AUGGCGCAGACGACAUGUGAGGCUGAAACGACGGUCAAAAAGUACAAUCGCAAACAAGGAAAUCUUCCAGAAAGCAUAUUUGGAAUACCAGGCCCGAGGGUGAGAUAUGUAAAUAGGGCGAGAUGGUGUGGGGACCGAAAAUUUGGCAGAUCACUAACGGAUUGCGUAUUAUUUUUGGGGUUUACCAGCGGCUACGUUUUAAUUGGAGAUUAG